GCAGUUUUAGCAAAAGUUCUCCAGCAAAGUUAGCAGAAUGAUUUUUGCUUUCAUCAAGUUUUUUCUUCUUCUAGUCGCUAUCAACUCUAUUAGAAGCGAUGACGGAGAGAAUUUGAUGGCGGAGAAAAGGGAUUUACAAAUGCUAAGAAUGGGUAAAAGAUACAUCGGAGACUUGAACGAUGAACAAAAGAGAACCCUACAUAUUCUGAGACAGAGAUCACCUUUACCCAGGUUGGGAGAACGAGCUCCCUUGCCAAGGCUUGGUGAAAGGGCUCCGCUUCCUCGAUUAGGGUUACUGAGAGCGGCACCCUUACCUAGAUUAGGAUUGGAGGAUAAACGAGUUAGUGAACUCGAUUGGAAUGAGUUUCAAGAGGACUCUAGAGCAGCUCUUCCGCGAUUGGGUUAUAGAGCUGCCCCUCUCCCUAGACUAGGUAAAGAGAAGAGAGAUGUGAAAUUAUUGCGUAUGGGUAAAAGAGGAUCCAAAAUGCUGCAGUUGGGUAAAAAGGACCAUGGAAUGUUACAAUUGGGAAAAAGACAAAUGUUAAGAAUGGGAUGAACAAUUAUUCAAUUCUCUCUUUACCUUAAAAACGAAAAAUUACCUAAAUUACAUAAGAUUAUUCAUAAUUUGGUGUGAAAUAAAAAUUUGACAGUGCAAAGUCAUUUAGUAAAGUGAUUUAUUGUUGAAAAAUUAUGAUAGCAAAGUUCUCUUUCGCUUAUUAAGAUACCAAAAAUAUCUAUAUAAAAAAAACAGCAGACUAUGAUAUUGCAGAUAUGGCUGAUCAUUUAAAUACAUACUGUAUACUGCAUAUAUCUAUAUAUAUAUAUAUUUUUACAUAUGAUUGUAUAUAACUUGGAUAUCAAAAGAGAUAUAUAGUAUUCAUAUACAAUGCUGUAUAUGCUAUUGUUAUUACAGUAUACAAUUUCCAGAUACUAUACAACUUGUCCUGACAAUUCAUAUACAGUUAAUAUGUUUGUAAAUAUAUAAAUAUACAUAUAUACCGCAUAUAUAAACAUGCAGGCACUAUAUUCAUUCAUAUCACAGUCUGUUAUAGUCUAUUGUACUCCUUUAGUCGAAUAAGAAAUCUAAUCAUACUUUUGGAUUAUAAUUGAUUAUUUUAAGAUGGCAGACAAAAAUAUUUGAUAAAGUCACCGAACUCCAAUGCAAAAGUUUUUGAACUGAUUGCUGACGUCUCCAUUCUUUUCACCCUGUUCCUCUUUCCUCAGUAUCUCUCUGUUGGGGAAUUAAUAGCGAAAAACUAUCUUUCGCUAUCUGACUAUGCUUUUAAUAAUUGCGCAAUAAGAUAUCUAAAACAUUCAACAAGAACAUUAAACGUAACUAAAUGCUUUACAGUUAAAAUACUAAGAAUUAAAGAAAGAGAGAUGGAUGGAGUGUCGUAUACUUUGAUAUAUGCUGUAUAGAAUUGGAAAGAAAGAGAGAGAGAGCUAGAUUGUCUUUUGGACUCUGAAUAAAAAUAUACCACGAUGUUCCUUUGUCUUUCCUUUUCUUUUCCUACAAAGCAUAGGAAAGCUCUAAUGCUCAUCAAUUAGAAGAUCAAUGUUCCGCAUAAGGGUAAAUUAUUCUCUGUAAGCACGCUAUGUUAAGAAUACCUUUGCGACAAAAUUGCUGCCUUUAGUUAAAUCAUUUCCGUCUGCAGGACACAAUUUAAACUAUAUUUAUGCACAGACACAUCUUUAUCUUAUUCUAUAUUUAGUUCCUCUUCCCUAAACGAUUUAUCCCCGAAGAACGAUAUAUUAGGCUCAUAUUAAUUAAUACAUUUUACGAAAUAGGUGAAAAGAUAAGUAAUUAUCAAAAAAUACCAAAGAGUCACACCAGAUAUUGUCGCUUAUACUUUGGAACGAUAUCGAACUAGUCAAGUUAUCACGUUUAUAACCUCAAAUUCAACCUUUCGUUAUUCAAGGAACCUUCUGUAAAUUUCCCGCCGACCGAUAAAAAAUCUAUUAUUUUAAUAUAUAAAAAAAAUUCUCUCUAUUUUAAGGCUAAAUGCUUAUAUUAGCUUGGAUACUAUUUAUUAUUCAAUUUGUUUUAUUUCAAUAUUGUUUAGAACUUUUCUUUCUUUCUCUCGAUUUCAUCUUUCUGAUUCUUGUUGCAGUCUCUGCCUCUUUCUUUAUCUCAUUUCAACAUGCUAUUGCCUCUGUCUUUUAGGCUUUGUUUUAUUUUACUCUCAAGUACGUUGGAGUACCUUGAACUAUUGUUGGUAGAUGAGUACGUCGUGCCUAAAAGACAAUUAUUAAUUUGCAUAAAAAUGGCUGAAUAAUUGUAAUUCUCCAUUCGCCAAUCGACCUUCUGUAAUCGUAUUUUAUAGCACAUUACAAUAGAAAUAAAUCUUAUCUAACCUCCUUUUAAGCGUUCAAAAAGUCUUUUAUUCAAUACACAUACAGUAUACUGUAUAUUAAAUACAUUUAAUGUACAAUUGAUAAUAAAAACUGGAAUUUAAAAUCAUUUAAACAGCAUUUACAGUAUAACAAUUGAUCAAUUGUUUAGGUUUUAUUACCUUCUUUAAAUCACUCUGUAACAAUCAAAACUAAUCAGUAGAUUCAUAUUGUGUCUAAUUGAUAUAAGUGGAAUUUGUUUGACGUCACUAGGUGUAAAAAAAUAACGCUUGGGUCUUUUUUAAGGUCGCCGAGAUGAUAAGAGUGGCUGUAAUAUUCUAGAGCAACGAUAACACAGAGUACCGUUAGAUAAUUUGUUCAUUUAUACCUCCUUAAAAAGACAAAAAUGCCAUAACAAAAGGGUAGUUAAUAGAUUAAGGUAUAAAGAGUUAUCAAUUAGCUAAUUGUACCGAAUCAACCUGCCAUCGAGUCGUUUAAUCUGAUAAAGAAACAGGUGUUACCUCUAAAGAGUCCACACCGACGACGAUACUAAAACAUUAAAUAUGUUAAGUGCCUUCUAUUUCUCUUAAUAAAUUGAAAACGUGAGAAUGAAUAAGUACUUUAGGGAGAUGUCUCGCCAAAGAGAGCAGGAGGGUGGGAGUGGGCGGAGAAGAGUAGGCAAGUGAUAGAUAGAUAGAGAGAUAUUAAGAGAGAAAAAUUAAGAGAGUGAAAUAGCCAAAAGUGUAGAAAAUCGCAAAGGGUGGAAAAGAGAGGAAGGGUUUCAUAAGAAUUAGGUUAAUCCUACUAUGAAAUAAUGAUAUAAAAUCUACGCACAUAGAUGAAAAUACGCAUAUAUAUAUAUAUAGAGUAAAACAAAAACAAAAACAAUAGAAAACAUACUAAAGAGCAGAAGAAGAGGGGGAGGAAGAGCCGGAUACAGAGAUAGAUAGAGACAGAGAUAAGGAUAGAGAGAGAGAGAGAGAGAGA